GCAACUGAUCACACAUGAUCAUACGAGUUAUCCUAGCUGAAGUGCUGCUUCUGGCACUUUGCCGGAGCGUUUCAGGGCAAGAAAAAUGUACCACGGAAUCGGAUAUCAACGAUAUCAAAGCGGUUUUGGCAAAUUUGAAGAACAGUUGCAUUGUAAACGUUGCGUACAGUGUGAACAAUGUGGACUCUGUCUGUAAGCUGCUGUUGGAGCAGAUCAAAACGGGACUGACCAAACUGACGCACCAGCGAAGGAUGAUGUCCAAACGGUACGUCACGAAGGAACAGUUCGAGCAGCUGGAGAAUAGCUACGAUAGGCAGUUGAGGGAAGUUUUGGCAAGCCUCAAUUCGCAGAAGAGAUAUUCGGGGGAUUCGUUGCAGGAUGAUCUUGAUGGUGCUUUGGAUGAUACUAAAUCCCUGAUAACCAUGGAAAAGGAGCUUUGUGUGCAGUUGAGAACCUGGGAUGAUACCAACGACAGGUUACGGAAGGAGCUGUUCGACCACUUGAUAGCAAAGGGUGACAUCGCUGGAGCGCUGAAACGAUUCUCCCAAAUGAAGUCGGACUACUAUACGGAGGCCAUCUUCCACGAUCUGGCCUGGAGACACAACCAGAGCGUGGACGUGAUGACUCAACUGUUGGAUGUGAUCCAGGAUCUGGACGACCGGACGGAGGCACUCACGUUGGUUUAUGAGAACGCGAAGAAGUACUACCGAUUGAAUUUGGACAGUGAUUUGACGCUGCUGCUAGUCGAAGCUGAAGUGGUCAAGGUGAAGGACAGAAUCGAGAAGGGUGGCUUGAUAACUUCGAUUCAGCGGAGGAAGCUGUUCAACAUGUCGCUGGAGCUGGACGUUAAAACUGAGCAGGUUGUGUCCCGGCUUAUGGAGUACGAUGUCGGCAAAGAAGCUGAGGUGUUGAGUAAUUUGAAGAGGGUCUUCGUAAGACUAGAACCAAGUCAGAUGAAAAAGAUUGCCAAGGUUAUCUGUUUGGCUAGCUAUUCCCAGCAACGCAGAUUCGUGAAUUUCUUGGCGAUUUUGCCAAGCUACAGCAAAAUUGACGCUCUUGAAGUGAUGGUUGAGUCCGGACUGAAGAGCUUGCAAUUCUCUAUCAUGUGGACUCUGAAUGAAAUCGGUCGAAUUAGUGGAGUGUUGAGUGGCAACUUCAACCAGAGCGUCGUCGAUAGAGUGACGGAAAAGCUUGACGAAAGUGUCAAAAGUGUUGUGAAAUGUACAGACAAGUUGAAGAUAACGAACCAUAAUGGAGGAUGCAUCCAGAUUUCAGAGACUAAUAAGAUAGUUUGGAGAUUUAAGUCAAGGACAAUAUUUCACAAAGUUUUGCUGGUAGAUUCUUCUAGUUGUACGACAUUAAAAUUGAACUCCUUUAACGACACAAACGAAUUCUUCUCAAUCGUGAGUCACACCGGAAGAAGACUCGUCUUCACUGAUGGUGAUUUCAGCAAACAUGCGAAAUACGUGGGAAAUGAACCAAAUUUGGGAUUAGUACAAGCGAAUGGAAUUUGGCUGUUGGAACCGAGUAACGAUAGCUUUCUAAGAAUAAGAGUAAAUCGUCAUAUUGCUAAGAUACCGAUUGUACAUGAUCUUUGGACUGCUAGCAAGGACAGUGAGGAUCACGUUCUGAUUGUCUGGGAGCAUACCUUGUUCGGCGAAGGAAAUGACCGUUUACUCUGGAAGCUCGAAUGUGUUGAAUAAAACUUCAGAAAAUCCUCUCA